AUGUCUUCUUCUUCCCCUGAAAUUGUCCUGACCAGCUCUCCGGAUGGCCCCAUUGUUGCCUAUGAUGUAUCCGCAGGAACCAUUGUAGCACAGUUCACCGGCAGCCGCUCACCGCGACGAGGCCUUACUGUUGUUGGAAAGGAUUUUGGAAAGAGUUACAUCGCUGCCUCACACAUAUCCCCAACCACGGGUUGUGGUUCAAUCCACCUUUACAAAUGGUGGUCUUCGACUGCCUUUCACAACCUCCCUCUCCCCGAACCGGUUGCACCACUAGCUGCCUCAUUUGAUGGCUUGUACCUCUUUGCUGGUGGCAUAUCAGGCAGUGUGCAUACACUUUCAGUCCCAUCAGGGAAUGUGCUUAAAUCACUGCCUACACAUAACAAGCCUGUGACCUGCGUUGGUGUCAAUCAUGACGAGUCUCUUCUGAUUUCUGGCAGUGAUGAUGGAACCAUCGCUAUUGUCCCUAUCUUUCGGCUUGUAGGGGACUCGGAAUGUGAGAAUGUUGAAGACAUAAUAUUGCACAAGUUUGCUGCUCAUUCUGAUUCUGUCACUGCCAUUGUCUCUGGUUCAGGAUUAUGCUACUCACAGAUUAUCUCAUGCUCAGCGGAUUCCACAUGCAAGUUCUGGAGUCUCCGGAGGGGAACCCACCUGCGUACAGUUGUGUUUCCCUGCACGAUUUCUGGGAUUGCAUUACACCCCACAGAGCCCGAGUUCUAUGCUGCAGGGUCGGAUGGUUCGGUAUACAUAGGAUCCUUUAUGGUUGGAAGCAGAAAAAAUGUAAUCCAAGGCAGUGAACUGAUGACAUUUCCUCAUAAGCACCGUGGUGCAGUUGUAUCUGCUGUUCUGGUAAACGCAGGAAGGAACAUGGUUUCGGCUUCAGAAGAUGGGAUUGUUUUGAUUUGGGAUGUUGGUGAAGGUCAGGUGAUUAUGGCUUUUGGAAAUGAGAUGUCAAGCAUUAGUGAUUUGGUGUCUGCAACAGGGAUAAGUUAUAACAAAGGGCAUAGUUCUGCGGUGGGUAAAAAUGUUGCUACAGAGUGUGAUAUUGCGCUCUCUUGCGAAGAACUGAUCAAGACUAUGCCUGUAAGGCAGAUGAUAGAAAUGGAAGAUCUGUUGAAAGUGGCAGCAGAAGAUCGGAGCAGAGCCAUCGAUACACUUGAAUCUGCUAUUGCAAUAUAUGAAAAGCUCCUGGAACUCAUUCUCAAUGAAGCUAAGAAAUGCACUCUCAGCAGUAAACAGAGGUGA